AUGAUCACUCCUCGACUAUUCGCUGCUCCAGCUCGUAAGUGCUUGCGAAAAGCUUGCACUCAGCCGACAUGGGCUCCUGCAUACUUCCAGACUCAACCUAAACGCUACGCUUCGACCGCAGAACAGGACAAGGUCGCGAGAUUCAAGGGCAAGAAAGGAGCAGACGGAAACUACACCGUGACAUUAAUAGAAGGAGAUGGCAUUGGUCCUGAGAUCUCGCAAUCCGUCAAAGAUAUUUACAAAGCUGCAAAAGUGCCCAUUGUGUGGGAACCGGUUGACGUCACGCCUCGUUUGAAGGAGGGCCGGACGGUAAUUCCUGAUGAGGCCAUCGAGUCUGUAAAGAAGAACUACGUCGCCCUGAAGGGACCCCUCGCAACGCCCGUUGGGAAAGGCCACGUCUCACUUAAUCUUACCCUCCGACGAACCUUCAAUCUGUUUGCCAACGUCCGACCAUGCCGCAGUAUAGAAGGCUACAAGACCCCCUACGACAACGUGGAUACUGUGCUCAUUCGAGAGAACACGGAAGGAGAAUACUCGGGCAUUGAGCACGUCGUGGUGGAUGGUGUCGUGCAGUCCAUCAAACUGAUAACCCGCGCAGCCUCGGAGCGGGUGUUAAGAUACGCAUUCCAAUACGCCCGAGACGUGAACAAGCAGAAGGUCCGCGUGGUGCAUAAAGCGACCAUCAUGAAGAUGUCUGAUGGUCUCUUCCUCAGCACUGCAAGAGACGUGUCCAAAGAUUUCCCGGACAUUGAAUUUGACGCGGAAUUGCUUGACAAUGCUUGCCUGAAGAUCACAACCGACCCCGGCCCGUACGCCGACAAGGUCCUGGUCAUGCCCAACCUUUACGGCGAUAUCCUUUCCGAUAUGUGCGCCGGCUUGAUCGGUGGCUUGGGUCUCACUCCUUCGGGUAAUAUUGGUGAUGAGUGCUCCAUCUUCGAAGCCGUGCACGGCUCUGCUCCGGAUAUCGCAGGGAAGGGCCUUGCGAACCCGACUGCCCUUUUGCUGAGUAGCAUCAUGAUGCUACGGCAUAUGGGACUGAAUGGGUAUGCGGUCAAGAUUGAGAACGCCAUUUUCGCGACGUUGGCGGAAGGUAAGACCUUGACGGGAGAUUUGGGCGGAAAGGCCAAGACACAUGAGUACGCAGCUGCUAUCAUUAACCAUUUGUAA